AAACUUAAGGAUGGACAUGCAAUGUGAGCACAUUUAACUAUGGUCUGCUAAUCAAUACGAACCUGGCUAGACACGAUGACCUGGGAGGAUAAACAAUUGCAAUUCAUAUCAUAUUCAAGCUGACAGUUCACAUCCGUGCGGUACUGUUCGCCAGCCUAUUGCUAUGAAAAGGUACAGCUGCAUCGGCUGUAAAGAGUUUGGAAGAAGAUUGAUAAGAACAAGGUCUGCGGAAGGAGAUACAAAGCUGCAGACUCCUUUGAAACGAUGUUUGAACGCAGCGCAGCUAACACUGUAUUGUAUAGCACAUAUGAUAGGUGCCGGUCUGUACGUUCUGACUGGCCAGCUCAUCCGUGAUGACACCGGUCCGGGGACCUCCAUCGCUUACCUUUUGUCCGCUUUUACCGCCGCAUUCACCGCAAUGUGUUACGCAGAGUUCACCACGCUCUUUCCCAGGGCAGGGUCGGCGUAUGUGUACACUUACUUAAUGUUUGGUGAAUUACCCGCAUUUCUGAUUGGAUGGACAAUGGUCUCCGACGUCAUCGUCUCCACAGCCGCAAUUUCUAAAGCACUGUCUGGAACAAUAAACUUGUUGUCUAAUAACACAAUACGUCAUUGGUCAGAGCAACAUUUAGUUCGACUUCAUGCCCCUGGAAUUGCUGAUUCCUCACCGGAUAUGAUAGCAGCUCUUUUCCUAUUGCUACUGAUUGUGCUCACCCUCACUGGGGCAAACAUCUCACUCAACAUAAACGCUGUUUUGUCCUCCAUUCAAAUAAUCUGCCUGAUUGUUAUGAUAAUUGCCUGUUUCGUCCUUGGAAGCCCCGAAAAUUAUAUCAAUGAAGGUGGUUUUUUUCCUUUCGGCAUUUCUGGUAUGCUGCGUGGUGCCGGACUCGCCGUUUUCGGCUUCUCAGGAUUCGAAGCUAUCGCCAACGCGAGUGAGGAAGCAAAGAAUCCUCGUCGCGAUCUUCCGAUGGCUUUGUUCGCUGCCCUGGCAAUAUGUACUUUAUUAUAUCUCGGCGCAUCACUUGGAUUAUCGUACCUUGUACCACGCACCGAAAUAGUAUACGAAUCUCCGUUUGUCGCAGCGUUCGCUUAUGUGAAACAGACUGGGAUGAUGGGAUUUGCAGCUUUUGCGACAUUGUUGGCCACAGGCGCUACGAAGCUGGUGGCCAUGUAUGUCAUCCCAAGGCUAUUUUAUGCCAUCGCAUCAGACGGCUUACUUUUCGGGUUCAUGGCUUACGUGGAACCAAGAACAGGAGUUCCCAUUUGGAGUUUGCUUCUUGGAGGUCUUAUAACGGUUCUCCUAGCCACAUUCGUCAAGAUCCAAGUGUUAGCCGAGUUCACUUCUGUUGGAAUUAUUUUCUCCUAUUUUAUGAUUGGACUCGACCUAAUGGUCCUUCGUUACACUUUCGAGGAUGUACACCAUAUAUUACAUCAAGAGGAUGGAUUAGAGAAAUCAAAGAGUGAUCUAUUGAAACUUGAUUCUACGAAAGACCAAUCUGUGCUUCUUCCAGCACCGUAUACCUUAUGGAUGAGGAAGUGUGUGCCUGGGUGUUUCAAGAUAUUUGAAACGAAAGCUCAUUUCAAGCUUAUUCUAGCAAUGUACUCUGUCUCUAUCCUGGCUAUCGGUAUUAUCCUGAACAUCAACACAAAGGCUCAGUACAUUUGGUUAUGGGCCACAUGUGGCGUGUUUUGCGCUGUCACUGUUAUAUCGUUUAUUCUGUUAUCUUUCUACCAACCGACCAACCACCAUGAUGGGUUUGAG